UCAUACCUCUUCACUCCCUGACGCCCAAAAGAGCAACAGUAAAAACCGUUUCGUCUGUUAAACUCACUGCCAGGAAAAGGAAACUUUACCAAAAAAUAAGAAAGAUCAAGGAGUCAGCAUGGUCAGCUUCUGGCUGGAAGUGAUGGGGAGAGUAUUGGAAGCUGUCCUUUUUGCCAACGCCUUUUUAUGAUACUCUGGCUUAAAGGAGUUAAAUUCAAUGUGACUACGGUUGACAUGACCAGAAAGCCUGAAGAGCUGAAGGACUUAGCCCCAGGUACCAAUCCUCCCUUCCUGGUAUAUAACAAGGAGUUGAAAACAGACUUCAUUAAAAUUGAGGAGUUUCUAGAGCAGACACUGGCUCCCCCAAGGUAUCCUCAUCUGAGCCCCAAGAACAAAGAGUCCUUUGAUGUGGGCUGUAACCUCUUUGCCAAGUUCUCUGCCUACAUUAAGAAUACACAAAAGGAGUCAAAUAAGAAUUUUGAAAAAUCUCUGCUCAGAGAAUUUAAGCGUCUGGAUGACUACUUAAACACCCCACUUCUGGAUGAAAUUGAUCCAAACAGUGCUGAGGAACUCACGGUUUCCAGAAGACUGUUCUUGGAUGGGGAUCAGCUGACACUGGCUGACUGCAGUUUGUUACCCAAACUGAACAUUAUUAAAGUUGCUGCAAAGAAAUACCGUGACUUUGACAUUCCAAGAGAAUUCUCAGGAGUCUGGCGCUAUCUCCACAAUGCCUAUGCCCGUGAGGAAUUUAGCCACACAUGUCCUGAAGACAAAGAAAUUGAAAACACCUACGCAAGUGUGGCUAAACAGAAGAGUUAGGACAGCUCUUUCAAUAGAAGAACCUCUCUUUUCACCUGUUAUCAUGUUAGAAAGGUUGUUUUGAAAUAAGAAUACGGAAAAUACUGUUUCCUCUAUCCAACUUUCUUAUGAGAAAGAACACCGACUAAAUGUUCUGUGUCUAGUUAAUCCAAACUCUCUUCCCACUGUGUAUUUUAAAGGUCUUCGUACUUUCACUUUGUUUAUUCCCAUGGCACAACCGCUGCAAUCCUAAAAAGCAUCAGUAUCUUUUGCUAUUUGAAUUCCUAGAAUGCAUCACAUGUGCAGGCUCAACAGAUAGUUGAAGUUACAAAUGACAAGCAGUCACAGUCUCAAAAUGCUCGGUAGAAACAUUUCCAUCUAAUUCAUUAAAAACAAUUUUACCCUUUUUUGUUUGGUUAA